GCCGCUGGCGCCGCGUCGGAGGGACCGGCGGGGAGCGAGGCGGGCCGGGCCGCGCCGCCCGCGCGCCACGAAGGCCGCAGCAUGGUCCUGGUGCACGUCGGCUACCUGGUGCUGCCCGUCUUCGGCUCCGUGCGCAACAGAGGUGCUCCAUUUCAAAGGUCUCAGCAUCCCCAUGCUACCUCCUGCCGACACUUCCACCUGGGUCCCCAGCCUCAGCUCUCCGCCGACUUCACCCUGCCUCACGCAGUGCAGCCCCAGCCAGGGCUGACCCCACACAUGGCCCCCGCACACCAGCAUAGCGGUCCCCUGCACCAAUCCCUUGCCCCAGUGCCAGCCCUGCCCUUCCAAGAUGUGGCCGGACCAUCCUUCCUACCUCAGGCGCUACACCAGCAAUACCUCCUCCAGCAGCAGCUCCUUGAGGCCCAGCACCGCCGGCUCAUGCCCCAUCCCAGGCGGGCUCAGGAGCGCAUGUCCGUUCAGCCUCACCGUCUGCACCCCAGCUUUGACUUCAGCCACCAACUGCAAACCCCACAGCCCAUGGCACCCCAGCCCAGGUACUUGGCAGAAGGCACAGACUGGGACCUCAGUGUCGAUGCAGGACUGACUCACGCCCAGUUCCAGGUCCGCCCGGUCCCCCAGCCCUAUCAGCAUUACUUAGCUACACCUCGGAUGCAUCACUUCCCCAGAAGCACAUCCUCAACACAGAUGGUUGUUCAUGAAAUCAGAAAUUACCCUUAUCCUCAGCUCCAGCUACUUGCUCUUCAGGGACUGAACCCAAGCAGGCACACAUCAGCUGUGCGGGAGAGCUAUGAAGAGCUGCUGCAGCUGGAGGACAGGCUGGGCAGUGUGAGCCGGGGGGCUGUCCAGAACACCAUUGAGAGAUUCACCUUCCCCCACAAGUACAAGAAGAGAAGACCACAGGAGGGUAAAGCUGAGCAAGAGGAUGGAGAGGAGUCAGACACUGAUGAGAAAUGCACAAUCUGUCUGUCCAUGCUUGAAGAUGGAGAAGAUGUCAGGAGGUUACCCUGCAUGCAUCUCUUCCAUCAAGUAUGCGUGGACCAGUGGCUGGCCACCAGCAAGAAGUGCCCGAUCUGCAGGGUGGACAUUGAAACACAGCUCGGCUCGGACAGCUGAAAGAACUGGCUGGACACACCAUUUUCCUUAUCAGGUCGUAUGGCCAUAAACCCUUGCAGCAAAAUUUUUUGCCUUCUGAGCCAUUUGAUUGAGAGGAAAAGUCUGCAGGCACGUUAGAGAGGCAGAGGAGGAGGUGUUGGUACAAUAUCUAGUGGUAGGAGAUAUUGCACAUGCGCAGGAUACGGGCCCGGUGAAAGGGAGCUGGCAUUCCCGGAGCUCAGAGACCCCAUGCUACAGAAGAUUUAGUGUUGAACAUGAAGGAACUAGUUGUGGUAGUCUGGCCUGUCAAUCCUGCAUUUCAUGAGGAUUGUAUAUAUACCUCUCGAAUACGUAGAAACAUGUUAUAGGGGUCCUUUAGCUAUUUCUAUGGAUGGCAGCUGGAGCAUGUUAGCUUAAGAAAUGUUGUGUUUGAUGCCCUACUCAUCUUGUGGUGGACAUGUUGCUGUUACCUAAUUUGCACCAAAUAUUUUUUCAUAGAUUCCUUAUGUUGGUGCCUGAUUAAUACAUUGCAAAAGGGGAAUGCAGAGGUCAAGCUUUCCCACCCUUGGGGGGAAGAGGCGAAAAAGCAAAAUCCUGUUUACAAUCAGAGGGGUUGCGCUCUUUGCCUCAGCCAUGUGUGCUUCCUUUCCUUGCCUUUACAGUGUUGCAAAUUUAGAGACACUUAAAAUACAUAAAAAAAAAGAAAAAAGAAAACAACAGACAAAUUGGAAAUGAAAUGAAUGAUGCAAUAGGGAGAGGCUUCGUUCCUGCUGUUCUGCUGCUGCUGAAUGCUUUCUGUAGGGGCACAGUGUUGAGAUGGAUGCUGUUUCUUUGCUCUUUGUGUAGCUCGGCAUGCUGAAAUCCACGCUAGGCUGUGGACUGUCUCCAUGAUCUCUGUUAUCCAUAGUGAAUGAUCUUACUGAUACGGUGAGCUGGAGGCUGGUUGGCUCCAGAGCACCGUGGCUCAAGUCUCCCCAGGGUUGGACAUCGCUUGUGAUUUAGGGUAUAGCUUCUCAGAAACAUUGCAAUAGGACAAAGGGAAACAGUUUCAAACUAAAACGGAGGAGAUUAAAUUGGAUAUAAGGAAGAAGUUUAAUACAAUAAGGGCAGUGAGGCCCUGACACAGGCUGCCCCAUCCCUGCAGACACCCAAGGUCAGCCUGGAUGGGACUCCGAGCAUCUGAUAGAGCUGUGGGUAUCCCUGUGUACUGCAGGGAGUGGGAUUUGAGGGCCUUUACGGGUCCCUUUCCCAGAGAGGUUGUGGAUGCCCAGGGUGUUUAAGGCCAAGUUGGGUGGGGCACUGGGCAAUCUGAUUGAGUACUUGAUCUAGCUGCUGAUAACCCCGCAAGUGGCAGAGGGGUUGGAACUUGAUGAUCCUUGAGGUGCCCUUCAACCCAAGACAUUCCGUGAUUUUAUGAUUCUAUGAUUCAUUCUGUGAUUCUAUGAUUCUGGGGAGAUUGUUCACGCUAUGACUGGGCAGGGCAGAGCAGCAGCCAAACUGCCCCACUCCCAUUCCCCAUCCCCACCCACAGGAGAUGGGAGAAAGGGAGUCGCAUGCAGACGCUGUGCUUCACCUUCCUGGUGAGAAAGCACAGCAUAGGGAGAAUAAGCAGAUGUACAGCACAGGUGGAAGCCUUUUUUCCUUUCUUUCCAUUUUUUUUUCCCCUUUAAUCCACUCAAGCUCUUAGUCUGCAGGGCUGAAUCUCCCCGAGCAGCUCUGAUAAUGGGAUGGGAGGAAACUCAUUGCUCAUGAGGAGUUGCCGAUGCCAUGGCUGUUUGGGCACAAUAGGGGAAUGCUGGAUCUGGAGGGUUUGCUGCUUUCUGGAGGGCUUGGUUUAGCCCUGCGUUGGAGCACUGUUAGACAUUUCACUCCACAUCCAUAUGGAGAAUGAGAUGGUUAUUAAAAUGGAACCUGAUUUUUCAACGUCCAUUAAAAUAAUGCAUAAAAUUGUAGGCAUCCCCCAAAGGAACUGGGGACAUUUCCAUCCCCCCAGACAAAGACAUCAGCCACAGAGACCCAGAGGACAGCCCUCCAGAGGACCAGCAUUCACAACCAUUUUUAAAAAAAAAAAGAAAAUACUUUUUUCUUUUCUUUUUUUCUUUUUUUUCCCCACACUGGGAAAGCAAAAGAGAUAUGAGGAGAAGCCAGGGGGAUGAACUGGAAACUUUAUAUAUUCGAAAAGCAGAUGUGCGGAGCUGAGCACUGACUCCUCUGAGCCAAGCGAUGCUCUUCAUGUAGAAAUGACCCUAAAUUGCCAUGUGGGAGAUGGUGGGAUUCCUGUGAGUGGAAACUGCCCUCCAAUGUUCCCUAUUCUAAUUUCUACAACUUAAAGAGAAGUGAAGGAGGUGACAUGCGGAUCAAGGAUCGUUUCUUCCCCCUCUUUCUGUGCCUGUGCAGGUAGGAGGAAACAAAGGGAGGGUCAUGGUGACAUAUAUUUGCCAUAGGGGCAUAUAUUUGCCACCUGACAUGAGCAGAGGGCCCCAACGUGCAGAGAGAUAUGGGCUCCUUGGGGCAAGGAAUGACCCAUGGGUACAUCCAGAGAGAAGUACCAUGGAGACUCCCAAGGUCAGGCUGGACAGGGCUCGAGCACCUGGUGGAGCUGUGUGUGUCCCUGUUCAUUGCAGGACCAAGUGGAUUUUAAGGGUCCCUUCCAACUCAACCUGCUCCAUGGUUCAAUGAUACGCGUGGAGCUUGCUCCAGCAGCAGCAGAUUGGAGCAGCAUUAAAAAUAACACUGAUACUACUAAUAAUACGGACAAGAAAAGCAAGACGUCGUUCCUGAAAGACACUGUAAGCCAGGCUGGUGCACCUGGGUGUGAGCUGGGGGCAAAGCAGGGGAGGAGCGGGGCUGUAGGGCCCCUGGCUGGGCAGGGAGGAGAGGAGGAGCGCUUCCAAACCGCGUGUUUUCUUAAAGCCUAUGCGAAAGUAUUACUAUUUGCCUAAUGAACAAGCACAGUUUUUAGAUGAAAAACCAGAAAAAAAAGAAAAAAAAAAAAGAAAAAAAACCACACACACACAAGGAAAAAAAAAUACAAACGAACAAGGAAAAGACAAAAAAAAAAAAAAAACACAAAAAACCAACAAUUGGUGAAGAAAAGCACCAAAACUCCCAUGGUCCGGUGUGAGUGACUGAUCCCGCGGUGCGUGAGGACCUGCAGGUUCCUGUGUGGGUUGGAAUCGUGUGUACACGACGGUAGGAGGAGCUGGAAUAGAAACACACACUCCAGGAACAAAAACAUUGAUAGUUUACAGGGUUUUGUGAGUUUAAAUGCCUUAUAUUUAACAAUCAUAAUUUAUGACUAACUUGUAGAUAUUGUGGGUUCUUAUUUAAUUAUUUUUAUAGUUGGUUUUUUUUGCAUUUUUAAUUAUAAUUUAUUUAUUUAGAAAUUAAUACUAAUUUUUUUUAUUACUCCUAUUACCUCAUUUUUGCAUUGUUUCUGGGAAUGGAAUGCUUUGCAUGCGUCGGUACUUUAAAAAAAGAAAUUCAACAUGGGAUGUCGGGGAUAAUGCUUAUCUUGUCGAAAACAAAAGAAAAAAAAAAAAGAAAAAAAAUCAGGGUGUGUGAUUACCAACUGUAUUACUGUGGUGCUGUUACCUUGGAUACAUUCCAUAAAAAUGCAAACCUUUGAUUCUGUAUGCUGUGACAUAGUGGAAAACUGCAAUAUAGUGACUGUGUUUAGCACAUAUAUAUGAAUAUUAUUUGCACUCAUAAUCAAAACUCUGGUGAUCCUUUCACUCACGUCCUUGUGCAUUGAAGGGGAUUAAUGGCGUUCUCCAAAACCAAAAUGUUUCGGUCGGUUCCUGCCCUGUCCCAGUGCCACUGGUGAUGCUCCCGCUCUUGCUGCACGCUUCCUGCAAUAAUGACUGCAAGGCUGUGCUUGGGGCAAUGCAUGCCUUCGGUGCAUGACUCUGCAAAUUGCUUCAUACAGUGAGGAAGGGAGCCCCGGUGCUGCAGUUCUGUUCAAUUUUCAGUGCUUGCUCUGGCUAUGUGCGCCCUGUCAAACCGUCUCCAUGAGCACCCAGCUGGGUGCUCCAGGGGGGGGACACAGGAGGGAAUCGAUGAGCUCACAUACUACAAAUCCAAGGGUUUUCCUGCAGUUUGUAGGAGCUGACCCUCCCAUCUUCUUUGACGUGGAGGUCCUGCUCCUCAUGGUGCGGUGCCAUCGGGAUGGUGGGACCUCAGCUCCUUCACUGCUUCUAGAUAUGGCUAGAAGGAUAGGGCAGAGAGGGAUGGGAUGGUUGUGGGGAUGAUCUGGGAUCCAUUUGUAACACCGGGCCACAAACACCGGCUGUAAUCCAGCUGUAAAACAUGCCUGGAGCAGAAGCCUCCCUCAAAUGACCUUGAAAGCCUUCUGAUUGGUUUUGUUCCCUCAGCUGGGGCAGAAAACCUCAACUUGAGGCUUGUUAAUCCACCGUGGAGCUGAGGCUACACCGGAACCCUCCUGUGACCUCAUUGGGUCACCCCAAGGGGGACGAGCUCCCAGCUGAUGUCCCAUUCCUGUACUGGUCCACGUCUCCAUCCCCAGUGCAGGUGUCCAAGCGUCCAUGUCCCCAUCCGCAUCCAUGACCACACUGCUGCUAACGUGCUGCCCCUUCCCCAGAGGUGCCCGGAUAUCCAGUGCUUGCACCAUGCAGGAAGGUUAAAGCGCCCUUGACAAUAUUUUAAGCUUUAAGCCAUAACCACUCUGGGUCCAUGCGGAUGCUCAGCCACACUGAAACGGAGUUCGAUGCAUCUCCACCCCAAAAGGCUUCGGAUGCAAUUUGGGGCCGGAAGGCACAACGUGACCGUACCUUCACGCUUCCUCUUUUCCCUUCAGGGUGCUGCUCUGCUUCAUUGCCUUUGCCUUACCCCGGGUUUCAGACUCACGUUUUCCCUUUGCUGCUCCUCCCUUGGAGCCUGGAGCCGUGGUUUUGGGCGGUGUGGGGAUGGGGGUUGGUUGUCAACCCCGUAAAGACACCGAGAAAGGGACGCAUAAAGCACGGGGCGAGCAAAGAAAAAUCCUCUCCUUUAAUGGCCCGAGCCAGUGAAAGGAUCACCCACAUUUUUGUACUCCUACUGCUGUUCUGUUGUGCUGUGCAACAUUUUGCUACAUAGACUAUUUUAUAGAAGAAAGCUAGAAAAAUAUUUAUUAUUAAUAUUAAAGCAAUAGUGCAUUGAAGAAAUGAAAAGACAUUAGAAAUUGUGUAAAUGCUUAGAUUCACUUUUGGUGGAUUUUUUGUACUUUAUUUAUAACUAAUAAAAUGAACUGCAUUGCUAACUAUAAA